UUAGGACAGGUAUAUGUCUUUUCAUUUGAUUACAGGUAUGAGCAGUCCUUCAGCUCCAUCUACUGGACACUUGUAGAUAUUUCCUGGUGUUAGUUAUUUGUUUAAUAAAGUUAGUUAUUGACCUCUGAUGUCAUAACUCCAGGUCACAGGAAGUAGGUGUUUCCAGCCUGUGCAGUUCAUCUCAUGUGCUUUCAGCUUUCUCCAUGCUAAACAGGCCCUAUGCAGCAUUGUUGUUUUACCCUUUCAUCUUUAAAUACCCAUUAAACAAGUUAACAACUUACACAGUGUGGUACUUUGAAGAAGGGUUAUCUGCCUGUCAAUCUUACUUCAGACAGUGAGCAGGACAGAACAGUAGACAACAUCACGCAUAGCUGAUGCAAUACAGCACAGUAAAACAACAGCUGGUAUCAAGAGGCCCACACGCAGAGUGGAUUAGCAAAUACCACAGAGAUACAGUACAGCUUCAGUUAACAUAGUACCACGUGCUAACUCUUAUCAAGAUUAGACGGCAAGAUGUCCGAACGAUCAAUCAAGACCAGAUCUAGGGUGUCACAUUCAUCCAGACUCUCAAACCGCUCCCAGGUGUCUGACGCUGCGCUUUUCCGUGCAGAAGCUGCCGCUGCACUAGCUCAACUCACAUUUACUGGGAAGGAAACAGAGCUAAAAUUAGAGAAGACACGCUUAGAGGCUAUGAUGGAGGCAGACAAGGCUCGUCUGGCAGCUGAGAAAGAGGCAGAGAAGGCAAGGUUAGAAGUGGAGGCAAAGCUUCAAAUGGCACGCUUAGAAGCUUCAAUAGAGAUUCUUAAUUUACGUAAGACGGUGGCAAUUGCGAAUGCCAAGGCAGAUGCAUUAGAUGCAGUUCUCGACACUACAGAACAAGCAAGUCAGAAAUUCACUAUGCAGCCUGAUGUAAAACCAGAAACUGCUAUGCAACGUACUAAAGAAUAUGUGCUGAAACAUUCACAGGAGUACAGUCCAUCAAUGCCAAGCCUAGAAAAGCUUAGUGAAUACAGAGACAGUGAUGUUAUCCCAUCAUUUGAGCAAAAUCAUAGUAUACCUCUCCAGAACAUUCCUUUGCAAUGUGACUACAAUGUGCCCGUAGUUACCUCUACCCCACCACCAGAUGGUGCUCUGUUACAAGAACAAAAGGAUUUCAAACAAUUGUAUCCUGUUGAUGUGAAAACUCCUGCAGCCAGAUACUAUAAUGACAUUCAGAGGACUUUACCUGUUACUAAUAAAUACAGCUAUCCUCCUGUUACACAACCAGUGGUUCCUGAUAGAGGCAGUCAUUCUCCAGAGGGAGCAUACCAGUACACACCAGAUGUGAAGCCAGCGCUUCCUAUUAAGCCUGAUUCAGACCAACUUUCUGGCAAUCGGCAGAUGUCAGACUUAGUGAGAUUUAUGGCACGCAGAGAAAUGAUAACAUCAGGCCUUGUUCAGUUUGAUGAGAAGCCAGAAAACUACAGGGCUUGGAAGGCGUCAUUCAAAAAUGCUAUAGAGGAUCUACACCUUUCAUACAAAGAAGAAACAGAUCUCCUAGUGAAGUGGCUAGGUCCAGAGUCCAGCAGACAAGUGAAAGGCAUUCGGGCAGUAUAUGUCAAUGAUUCUUGUAAAGGACUACAGAUGUCAUGGCAAAGGUUGAACAAAGAUUAUGGAGCUCCAGAGAAGAUAGAAAAAUCCCUGUGGGACAGGAUUGACAACUUUGGGAAUAUCUUUGAAAGAGAGUGCAGCAAGAAACUUAGAGAAUUCAGUGAUCUGGUAAUAGAACUGUUGGCAGCAAAAAAUGAAGGUUGCUUUCUAGGACUAAAUAAUCUUGAUUCCGCUAGAGGAAUAGAAGACCUUGUAAAAAAGCUGCCAGAUUCUCUAAAAAGGAAAUGGGCAUCACAUGGGACCAAGUACAAGGAAAUACAUAAUGUACUAUUCCCACCAUUCUCUUAUUUCGUGCAAUUUAUCUCUCAACAGGCAAAGAUGUACAAUGACCCAGGGUUUGCUCAGACGUUCCAGACCUUUGGUGACAACAAGCCAGAGAAAUACCGCUACAAGAACACCCCUCAGAGAAGUUCCAUCAGGGUGCACAAGACUGAAGUAUCUCAAGCUACAGGAAACUCUUCAGCUUUUACUGAUGCCAAGACCAUGGACUUAACUAAAGGAUGUCCGAUUCAUCACAAACCUCAUCCUCUGUACAAAUGCCGAGGCUUCAGAGGUAAGUCCCUUGAUGAGAGAAAGACUUUCUUAAAACAAAACAAUAUUUGUUACCGUUGCUGUGCCUCAAAUGCACACCUUGCGAAAGACUGUGACAAAUCAGUUAGCUGCACAGAGUGCAACAGUGACAGACAUGUGUCCGCUCUUCAUCCUGGUCCUGCACCAUGGUCAGUCAGGCCUCUAGAAAGGAGUGAUCAUGGCGGGGAGGGAAAGGACAACAGUGCAGAGGCUACAGUAACUGCAACAUGUACUGAAGUGUGUGGAGGAGAUCUUCGAGACAGAUCAUGCUCUAAAAUCUGCUUAGUCAGUGUCUAUCCUACCGGACAAAAAGACAGGGCAAUCAAACUUUAUGCUAUUCUAGAUGACCAAAGUAAUAGGUCCCUGGUCAGGUCAGAGUUCUUUGAAAUCUUCGGUUCAAAAGGCCAGCAGUUUCCAUAUUCUCUCAGAACCUGUGCAGGGGUGAUUAACACUUCAGGAAGAAGAGCGCAAGGGUUUGAACUACAGUCUCUUGAUGGCAAAGCCACAAUCCAUUACCCACACUCAUUGAAUGUAAUGAGAUACCAAACGACAGGACGGAGAUCCCAACCCCAGAGGUGGCUCUUCAUCACAAACAUCUAA